AACGUUAAACUUUAUAUUUCUCUAUCGCCUCAAAUAUUCCAGAAUGCAACAAUAAUAAUAAUAAUAAAAUUCUAACUCAAACACACAGCAUUUACAUAAAUUUCGAAUCAAAAUUUUUUUAAGUUAGUCCAAAUUUUGCACCAACAAAUUAUGGUGAUCUGCGUAUUAAUUUAGAUGUUGAUCCAUUCUUAAUCGUUACAAGCUAAAAUUUUAAUGCGCUCUCAACGAGCCCGCCAAUCAAAGACCGAUGCUUCCAGCAUUAUGAAGUCAAUGGCCGCCUACGGAGACUUGAGCAUGUCCAACUUUUUCAGUGUUGAUUUCUUCUUCUUCUGUUCGCCAAUACCUUUCAAAAUUUCGCUCCCCAUAGCCUCUACCCUCUCGCUUUCCUUUCAUCUUUCUAUAAAUCAUGACCUAACCCUUAUGCCGCCACUCCUCGGUACACCUUAGCCGUGUUUCUCAAUGCAGCCUGCUCCGAACGGCGUCACGGUACAUUCCGUUGAUGUGAGCCAGGCGGCUAAGCCGGUGCGGCCGGAAUCCAGCAUCCUCCGGCGUCUUCCGGUGCCGCUGAUCUUCCUGAUUGCGUUCGGCCUCUCGUUCACCUUAAUCUACCGCGCCGCCGGCCCGAUCCCGCUCUUGACGCAGUGGAAUCGAGCCGAUUCUUUCGAUCUGGAUAAGGAGAGGCUGGCUCGGGUUCUGAAAGCAUCUGCAAUGGAAGAUAAUACCGUGAUCUUAACCACUUUGAAUGCUGCAUGGGCUUCUAAUGGCACUAUCAUUGAUCUAUUCCUUGAAAGUUUUCAGAUUGGCAACGACACUCGUUCGCUACUUGACCACUUGGUGAUAAUUGCAUUUGACAAGAAGGCAUAUCUCCGGUGCAGGGCCAUACACGCUCAUUGCUUUGCUCUUGCAACCAACGGGGUUGAUUUUUCGGUCCAAGAAAACUUUAUGACUGAGGGAUACUUGAAGAUGAUGUGGAGACGGAUUGAUUUCUUGAGGAUAGUUCUUGAAAUGGGAUACAACUUCAUUUUCACGGAUGCAGACAUCAUGUGGUUCCGAAAUCCACUCUCACGAUUCUUUCCUGAUGGAGAUUUUCAGAUAGCAUGUGAUCAAUUUAAUGGCAAUCCUUAUGAUCGACACAACAGACCAAAUGGUGGAUUUAAUUAUGUAAAAUCUAGCAAUCGUACAAUUAAAUUUUACAAAUUUUGGUACACAUCUCGAGUAAAACACCCUGAAUUACAUGACCAGGAUGUGCUUAACAUUAUCAAAUUCGAUCCAUUUAUAGAUGAAAUAGGAUUGAAAAUGAGGUUUUUGAGCACUGCCUUUUUUGGCGGAAUAUGUCAGCCAAGCAGAGAUUUUAAUUUAGUCUGCACGAUGCAUGCAAAUUGUUGUAUUGGUCUGAAUAGGAAGAUCAACGACUUGAGUGUUAUGCUUGAGGAUUGGAGGAGCUACAUGGCUCUUCCAACAGCUUUAAAAACAGCCAAAAUGCCAGUCUGGAGGGUACCACAGAAUUGUAGUCUAAAACCACUUCAUUAGUAGAUUUUACCUAUAGAUUGCGGCUUGAAGAACAUAAUUUGGCAUCUUACAGAUUAUGUUGUAAAUACUCUCAGGCAUUGGCUGCUAGAGCUUAAGUUGUAAAGAUUCUUGUUUCUUCAUCCUACCUUUUUAGAGUAAGCUGAUCCACUUCUUCAUCCAAAGCUAAGCCUAUAUGUUACUGUGGCCAUUGGUACAACUUGAUUCAGGCUUCGCUUGGGACGACUUUCUUACUACUUCGUAAAGCAGCUUUCUAGUACAAAUUUUUUAUUUUUUGUACUAAAAAGUCAUUUUAAGAAGCAGAAAGAAAGCCGUUCCAAACGAGGCCUCAAUAUAUGGGCAGCAAGCCCAUAAUGUUGAACUAGUAUCUGUACAUAGCGGGCGAUAAAGAAAACUAUUUUGCUUAAGCAAACAUCAAUUUUUUAAAUGUUGUUGUUGUUGGUUGUAUUUUACAUGCUUAAAUGAAACAUUUUGAUUGUGUUUUUCC